GUGUGCGUGUGCGCGCGCGGGGCUGGCCAAUCACAGCUCCCCUCCUGAGCUGCAGCAGGCGCGGCGGUAGCCCAGCGGACUGGGAAAGCGGACUCCUGAGGAGCGGAUUGGGAUCAGCGGCGUGAGCGGAGAGACGCGGGGAGACAGAGGACUAUGGGAGAAAGCAGCCCGCUCAGAUCAAAUGCCUCACUGUCUGCCAGUGCACGCGAGACAAGGACUAGGAAGAUGGACACGUGUGACAGACUGUGGUAAAAACUAUCAAGAAACAUCAUUUGCCUUUUUUAUUUCACCUGCUGUCACUCACUCCGUAAUGUAAACGCAGCUUGGCUUACCUGUUAGCCAGCGAAACCAUGGACCUUGGCAGAACUCUUCGGACCCGCCCGAUCAGGAUCUAGCGCCUUUCAGCGCAACCCCCCCCCCCCCCCCCGUGGGACCCUCGCGCUCAAACGCCCAGGGGUGCGCUACCAUGAGGAUUACGGCCUCCUCCUGCCUCUGUCCGCUGCUCUUCUGCCUCUGCGUGGUCCGGGGAGAGCACGGCUCGUCCCACCACAGCCCCAACAAGCUGAGCAGGAACCAAACCAAGCUCCCGGAUGGGGAGAAGGAGGUGCAUCAUCGGCCCAAACGUGGCUGGAUCUGGAAUCAGUUCUUCGUUUUAGAGGAGCACUUUGGUUCGGACCCCCAGUACGUUGGAAAGCUCCACUCCAACUCAGACAAAGGUGAUGGAUCUGUCAGGUACCUGCUCUCUGGAGAAGGUGCCGGAACGAUAUUUAUCAUCGACGAGGUGACAGGAGACAUCCACGCCGCGAAGAGUCUCGACCGCGAGAAGAAGGCGCACUACGUUUUGCACGCUCAGGCCAUCGAUCGACACACCAACAAGGCCCUGGAACCCGAGUCGGAAUUCAUCAUUAAGGUUCAAGACGUCAACGACAAUGCCCCAAAGUUUCCAGACGGCCCAUUUGUCGCCACAGUGCCCGAAAUGUCGAAUAUCGGCACCUCAGUGUUCCAGGUCACGGCCACGGACGCGGACGACCCAACCUACGGGAACAGUGCCAGGGUGGUGUACAGCAUCCUGCAGGGGCAGCCCUACUUCUCCAUCGACCCAAAAACCGGCGUGAUCCGGACCGCCCUGGGAAACAUGGACCGCGAGGCGAGGGAGCAGUACGCCGUGGUCAUCCAAGCCAAAGACAUGGCCGGCCAGGUGGGCGGGCUCUCCGGAUCGACCACGGUCAACGUCACGCUGACGGACGUCAACGACAACCCGCCCAAGUUCCCUCAGAAAAACUACCAGCUGUACGUGCCGGAAUCAGCUCAAGUGGGCAAGGCGGUGGGCAAGAUCAAAGCGAACGAUGAGGAUCUGGGAUUUAACGCGGAGAUCACGUACAGCAUCACCAACGCGGAGGGGGCGGCCAUUUUCUCCAUCACCACAGACCGGGACAAGCGGGAGGGGGUCAUCUCACUGAAGAAGCCCCUAAACUUUGAGAAGAAGAAGGCAUACACCCUUCACAUCGAGGGAGCGAACACCCACCUCGACCCCCGAUUCUCCCACCUGGGCCCCUUCAAGGACCACACCACCCUGAAGAUCAUUGUGGGCGAUGUGGACGAGGCCCCCGUCUUCUCCAUGGACUACUACAUAAUGGACGUGUACGAGAACGCAGAGAUCGGGACAGAGGUGGGGGCGGUGACGGCUAGGGACCCAGACAGCACUAACAGCCCGGUCAGGUAUUUCAUUGAUCGCAGCGUACACGGAGAUUCCAAUUUCAACAUCGACGCAGCCACGGGAGUCAUCACUACCACUAGGAGCCUGGACAGGGAGGAGACAGCCUGGUAUAACGUCACGGUCGUCACCUCGGAGGUUGACAAUCCAAGUCUCCUCAGUCAUGUCCCUGUCACAGUCCAGGUCUUAGAUGUCAAUGAUAACCCGCCAGAGGUCGCCAUAGACGACGAGGUCAUCGUGUGUGAGAGUUCUAGGCCGGGUCAGGUGAUUCAGACCAUUAGAGCUUCAGAUAAAGACAACUUUGCCAAUGGCCGUUUCUCCUUCACUUUACCAAGUGACCUGCCCGUCAAUCCCAACUUCACCCUCAAGGACAACGAAGACAACAGCGCUAGCAUCGUGGCGCGGAGGCGGCGCUUCAGCAGCUCGUCCCAGGAGCUGUACCGGCUGGCGGUGGUGGUGUCGGACGGCGGGGAGCCCGAGCUCAGCAGCACCGGCACGCUGACGCUGCGGGUGUGCGCGUGCGGCCGCGGGAGACACGCCCGGACCUGCCAGGCCCAGGCCUUCCUGUCCGCCGCCGGGCUCAGCACCGGAGCCCUCAUCGCCAUCCUGCUGUGCAUCGUCAUCCUGCUGGCCAUCGUCGUGCUGUUCAUCAACCUGCGGAGCAAGAAGGCCAAGAAGGAGCCUCUGGUCAUGUCUGAGGAGGACGUCCGGGAGAAUGUGGUCACCUACGACGACGAGGGAGGCGGCGAGGAGGACACCGAGGCCUUCGACAUCGCCGCCCUGCGGAACCCCGCCGUCGCCGAGGAGACCAAGCUCCGCAGGGACGUGAGGCCGGACGGGCGGAGGGCGGCGGUGGUGGCAGUGGCGGCGGCGGCGGCGGCGGCCGGUUGCCGGGACAGCUGGAGCCCCUCCCUCGUGCUGGACGACGCCGACGUGCAGGUGAUCAUCAGGCGGAGACUGGUGGACGCGGACCUGGACGGGAGCGUCCCGCCCUAUGACUCCCUCCAGACGUACGCCUACGAGGGCCGGGGCUCGCCCACGGGCUCCGUUAGCUCGCUGGACUCGGCCGACGGGCUGUCGGAACCGGAUUACAAUGACGUGGACGACUGGGGACCCGCCUUCCUGAAACUGGCAGAACUGCUCGGGGAGGUUGAGCUGGAAGCCAGUGGCUAGCUUUUGGCACAUAGAAACAAACUAACAAAAAGAAAAACAAGAAACUCUCUCCCUUCCUCUUCUACCCAGUUUACUAAUAAAAUUUAAAAAGGAAAACCAUUUUGGACCAUUCCGCUCGUUCACUUUUACUGUCAAAGGAAUUACUCUUUCUACCAGGUUCUACAAGCGGGAAAUGGUCAUUUGAUUUUGGAAAAAAAAAGGAGAAAAGAAAAACCUAAAAUGCAUAAAAAAGAACAUAUUUUCCCUGGUGUAUAUUUUUUAUUGCUUAAUAAAGUCUGUAAUUCC